GGGGCGUGGAGGGAACCGGGAUCAGCCAGGGGCCAGCAUGAGCCGGAGGGAGGGAAGUCUGGAAGACCCCCAGGCUGACUCCUCAGUCUCACUCCUUCCCCACUUGGAGGCCAAGAUCCGUCAGACACACAGCCUUGCCCACCUCCUCACCAAAUAUGCUGAGCAGCUGCUCCAGGAAUAUGUGCAGCACCAGGGAGACCCCUUCGGGCUGCCCGGCUUCUCGCCCCCGCGGCUGCCGGUGGCCGGCCUGAGUUCCCCGACGCCGACCCACGCGGCGCUGCCGGUGGCCGAGCGGCUGCGGCUGGACGCGGCGGCGCUGGCCGCGCUGCCCCCGCUGCUCGACGCCGUGAGCCGCCGCCAGGCCGAGCUGAACCCGCGCGCGCCGCGCCUGCUGCGGCGCCUGGAGGACGCGGCGCGCCAGGCCCGGGCCCUGGGCGCCGCCGUGGAGGCCGUGCUGGCGGCGCUGGGCGCCCCCGCCCGCGAGCCCCGGCCCGAGCCUCCCACCGCCGCCACCGCCACCGUCGCCGCGGGCGUCUUCCCCGCCAAGGUGCUGGGGCUGCGCGUGUGCGGCCUCUACCGCGAGUGGGUGAGCCGCACCGAGGGCGACCUGGGCCAGCUGGUGCCCGGGGGCCCGGCCUGAGCGUCUGUAGGCGUCCCUGUCGCUUUAGGCAUGUCUGUCCUUGCCGGUCUCCACCGCUCUGUCGCGGCCGUCUCUCUUUAUCUG